CUCCGAUGACCUAUGGAAACGAACUUUGGAACUUUCAUUCGGUGUACGAAGUCCAAUUUAUACAUUAAUUAAACCAGAGUCCUGCAAGUAUACACUGACCGAGAAAGAUGAUCCUCCGUCCAUCCUACCAACUACUCUCUGCUCUACGUCACAUACCCAGCUAGCCAACAGUCUUAUCCAGAGUGCUAGUUUCAACCCGCUGCCCAGUUUCGGUAACAGUGAAUCCAGAAAAUGGUUUGGUUGAUGAGCAAUUGUCUGUGAGUGUUUCUGGUUUGAAACCUGAAGAAAAUGUCACAGUCAGUGCCACAAUGGAACAGAGCUCAAAGAAAAGAGAAUCCGUUUUCAGGUCUUUCGGAGAUUUCAAUGCUUCAGUUGACGAAUGUGUUAAUCUGGUCACUGAUCCAUGUUUAGCGGGAACUUACACUGGAAUUGAUCCCAUGGGAUUAUUUUCGAGUAUGACUCAAGUAGUUGGAAAACAUGGUAGAAUUAGGACUCAUGAUGCCACCAAAACUUUGGAUUGCACUGUGAUGGUCCACCCUGGUCAUAUCUCACAGCAUUCUGAGUUUACUUCUGAUAUAAAGCCAUUAGCAACCAAAUUGGUUCGACGAUCGUUUAUGAGAUCUGGUGUCCGUAAAAUCACAGUUAACCACGGAAGACUUCGGGGUAGUUUAUUCAUACCAAGUGAUGAAACAUCCAACAGACAACAACGACGAUAUCCUGCUGUGAUAGAUCUGUUUGGUAGCACUGGUUCUUUGAUAGAAUCCAGAGGUGCUUUGUUAGCGUCCCAUGGAUUUAUUACUUUAAGUUUGACCUAUUUUGCUUAUAAAGACUUACCUUCAGUCGUCACAGACGUUGAUUUUGAAUAUUUCGAAGAGGCUAUUGAGUGGCUUAUUAACCACGAGCAAGUUUCCAGUGAGAAUGGUAUAGGUGUUUUAGGGACAUCUCUAGGAGGAAUAAUAGCUCUAUACAUAGCGAAACAGUGUCCACAAGUAAGCGCUGUUAUAAGUAUUAACGCUUCGCCAGCCUUCUUUGUUUUUAGCAUCCGCCAUAAUGGUAAACAGCUUCCAAGCUCUUCUCUGGACUAUGGCAGUUUUAAAGUGAAAGAUGAUGGGAGUUUAUUGGCAUUGUGGAAAGUAGAUGAAUCUAAACUGUUUUAUUUCGAUGAGACUUGUCGUAGCAAAGUAUUGUUUCUUAUUAGCGGUGAUGACCAGGUGGUUUAUACAAGUGACUAUUACCUCUGGUUUGACAAGUUAACACCA